GAACGCAGCGGAGCCCCGGCCGCGCGCCAACGGCGCUGACUGUCCCCGCCUGCCCGAGAGCGCGCCGUCCGCCCGCGAGAGCGGAGCCAGAGCCCCAGCAUGUACGGCCUGAUCCUGGAGAACCUGUCCGAGUACAUCCGCCAGGUGUACGGCGAGGACCGCUGGGAGGAGAUCCGCCGGCAGGCCAACGUGGACCAGCCCAGCUUCAGCGUGCACCAGGUCUACCCGGAGACGCUGCUGCCCCGGCUCGCCAAGAAGGCCAUCCAGGUGCUGGGCAUCACCGAGCGCGAGUUCUUCGACCAGAUGGGCGUGCACUUCGUCAGCUUCGUCAGCCAGUACGGCUACGACCGGGUGCUGUCGGUGCUGGGCCGCCACGUGCGCGACUUCCUCAACGGCCUGGACAACCUGCACGAGUACCUCAAGUUCUCGUACCCGCGGAUGCGGGCGCCGUCGUUCAUCUGCGAGAACGAGACGAGACAAGGACUGACUCUGCAUUACAGAAGCAAGCGCCGUGGCUUCGUAUACUAUACGAUGGGCCAGAUCAGAGAGGUGGCGCGCCACUUCUACCACAAGGAGCUCAAGAUCGAGCUCGUGGGCGAGGAGAUCCUCUUCGACACCGUCCACGUCACUUUCCAGCUGACCUUCGACAACCGGGCCUUCACGCUCGCCUCGCUCGCCAUGACGCGCGAGGAGAAGCACCUGCCCAUCGGCGCCUCCGUGCUCUUCGAGAUAUUCCCCUUCUGCAUCGUGUUCGGGCCGGACAUGGUGGUCCGCAGCAUCGGCAACUCGCUCAUGGUCAUCUUGCCCGAUCUCGUCGGCAAGAAGAUCACCCACCGCUUCGACCUGGUCAGACCGCUGAUAGCCUUCAAGUUCCAGUCGAUCCUCAACAGGACCAACAACAUAUUCGAGCUGGUGUCCGUCGAGCCGGUGCUGGCCGAGCGGCCCAGCGACCGCCGCAAGGACGAGCUGCUGCUCAGCAACGAGUUCGACUCCAACGAGGACAAAUCGCUGCGGCUGAAAGGUCAGAUGAUCUACAUGGACAACUGGAAGAUGAUGAUGUACCUGGGCACCCCGGUGAUGCCCGACCUGAACGCCCUCAUUGGCGCCGGCCUCUACAUCAACGACCUCUCGCUGCACGACUUCAGCAGAGACCUGAUGCUCGCCGGCACGCAGCAGUCCGUCGAGCUGAAGCUCGCGCUCGACCAGGAGCAGCUCAAGAGUAAGAAGCUCGAGGAGUCCAUGAGGAAGCUCGACGAGGAGAUGAAGCGCACCGACGAGCUGCUCUACCAGAUGAUUCCCAAGCAAGUGGCCGAUCGGCUGAGAAACGGCGAGAGUCCCAUCGACACUUGCGAGAUGUUCGACAGCGUGUCGAUCCUGUUCUCCGACGUGGUCACCUUCACGGAGAUCUGCAGCCGCAUCACCCCCAUGGAGGUCGUCUCGAUGCUCAACGCCAUGUACUCGCUGUUCGAUCACCUCACCGAGAAGAACCACGUGUACAAGGUGGAGACGAUCGGCGACGCUUACAUGGUGGUGUCGGGCGCGCCGGUCAAGCAGAAGGACCACGCGGACCGCGUGUGUGACAUGGCGCUGGACAUGCUGGAGGCGAUAACAGACCUGAAGGACCGCACGACCGGCGAGCACCUGCAGAUCCGCAUCGGCAUCCACAGCGGCGCCGUGGUCGCGGGCAUCGUCGGCCUCAAGAUGCCGCGCUACUGCCUCUUCGGCGACUCGGUCAACACGGCCUCGCGCAUGGAGGCCACCUCCGAGGCCAUGCAGAUCCACGUGUCGCAGUCGACCAAGGAGCUGCUGUCGCCCACCUACCGCGUCACGGAGCGCGGCGAGAUCCAGGUCAAGGGCAAAGGCACCAUGAAGACCUACUGGCUGGAGAAGCGCGAGCAGCGCCUCGUGUCGUCCACCAAGAGCGUCUGCAUCCACGAGUCGCCGCAGUGGCACGCCAGCAGCCGGCACGCCGCGCCCGACGGCCAGCAGCAGCAGCAGCAGCAGCAGCAGCAGCAGCAGCAGCAGCAUCAGCAGCAGCAGCCAUCCUCGUCGCCGAGCGGCGCCACGGUGCGGAUGCUCGCUCGGCUGCCGAUCAACCAUCAGGCCGCGCCCGGCCAGGCCUGCCAGUCGAGCGCAGCGCCCGCAGCCACCGUCGCCGCCAUCACCGCCUUCUCGAGCUUGCAGCCGGUCGCCACCGACGACCGGCCCAUCUACUCGCCCGUCACCUUCCAGGACGUCGCGCGCAGGUCCGUCGCCAACUCGCCCACCAAGAGCCUCUCCGUGAAAGAACUGCGCUCCAACUCGCUGGGCGCGGUGACGGCCACGAGCGAGUUGCUCGGCUGCCUCAUGUCCGACACGCAGCAGCACUUCCGGCUGCAUCGCAACAGCGUCUCGCUGUCGUCCAAGCCCAGGCCGCACAACCACCACCACAGCCCCAGCGAGCAGUCGGUGAGCGUGCACCGGUCCCAGCACUCGGCCCACGACAAUCAGCUGGUGCAGCAGCAGCAGCGGCAGCAGCAGCAGCAACAGCCGCAGGACACCGGCUCCGCCGUCGACUCGGCGACGACGCUCAGCAGCUCGUCGCUCGUCGACGACUGCAAGCGUCGGCCGGACGACGCCGGCGGCAGCAGUUCCGACGCGAGCGUCGCGAGUCGCCGACUACCGCGAGCACCGACCGCCCUGGUCGCCGCCGCGCGCGUCGAGGCCUGCUGCCCCGGCUUUGCCAUACCAAAGACCGGCGGCAAGUCGCGAGGUGGCAACUGCAGCAUAGGAUAGACGCGCCAAUCCGUUUGCCCACCCUCUCCCCAUCUCGCACCCGCACACGCACACGCACACGCCUAGCCUCCACACGUCAGCUUUCGCUUUUUCAGCACUUGCCGCAGCCUGAGAGACACAUUCCUCGGAUCCAGCACGCACAGCAGCCGACAGUCGCUCGGUCGAGUGGUCGAUCGCCAAAGCGCCGAAAAUGUAAAUCCGUCAGCUCGCAGCAAGUCAGCUCGUCCAGCACUCGACGUAUCCAUGUCAAUUAAUCACGACAAGUGUGCUCUAUUGUGUACGGCUUCGCGCGGCAAAGCAGAGUGGAGCCGACGUCGGGCGGCGUCGCGCGAGCCGCUGCAUAAUAUUCGACCACGCCGUGCCGUCGCGCGUAGGCGUGCGCGCCGACGUCGCGGCGACGAACCGGGCAGCGAGCGAGCGAGCGAGCAAGCGAGGACGCCGCGCAGGCAACGCUCCGCGCGACGAGGAAGGCGAUGGGAAAGACGAUCAGCAGAGCAGAAAAGGAGGCAGGGAGGAGGCGAGCUCUCUAACGACAAGAUUAACGAGGAAGUAGGAGGCCGCGGCACAUAAGAUGUAAAAACUUUGAUAUAAUAAGUAAAGAGAUAUGUAUUCGUGUUACUGAGCACACGCAAACACGGCGAGUCAUUCAUUUCAAUAGCCCGACCCUGUCUACUGACACCAUCGCCGCCACCAGCAGACAACACCACCCCCUCGUCCUGAAUUAACUUUUUCUUCGCUCUCUCGGCGUUCGUCCACCCACGGUCGCGGCCGCCGCGGGGCGAGGGCGAGUUCAUUAAUCUAUCGCCGACGAGCGGCAGCGCAUUAACCGCGGACGAUCCCGAGCUUGCAGGAGAAGCGCAAUGGGCGCGGGACAAUGGGCCGUCGGUGAUUUUUCAAGCUAAGUCGCCGACAUUGCCUCGGCUUGCCGGCGGCGGCGCGUGUACAAC